GGCCGAGCCCCGCGGUGCCCCGCGGGCGGCGGGCGCUCGCUCCGGCUGCCGCUGCGCGGAUGGGAGCUGCCGCCGCCGGGGCCCCUUCCCCUGAGCCCCCCUCGGCGUCCGCCCGGGCCUCCCAGAGCUGCUCCGGGAGCUGAAAGCCGCGGCCGGGCCGGCAGAGUUACUUUUUCUCCCGCGUAGCUGCCGAGCCGCUGCCCGGUGCCCUCAGGGGAAGGGGGCAAAAAGUUUUAAGACCUUCUUACUACAUCAGAAGAAGAAAGGAAGACGAAAGGAUACCAGCCCCAUUCCCCUCCUUGCAUGUUACCGUUAACGUUACAGUAGGGUUGUACACCUGCAACUGGGACAGCCAUGGAGAAGAGUGGGAACAUUCAGCUGGAGAUUCCUGACUUCAGCAACUCUGUCCUGAGCCACCUGAAUCAGCUGCGCAUGCAGGGCCGCUUGUGCGACAUCGUGGUCAACGUGCAGGGGCAAGCUUUCCGCGCUCACAAGGUGGUGCUGGCUGCCAGCUCGCCCUACUUCCGCGACCACAUGUCCUUGAACGAAAUGAGCACCGUUUCCAUUUCUGUCAUCAAGAAUCCUUCUGUUUUUGAGCAGCUCCUUUCCUUUUGUUACACCGGUAGGAUUUGUCUGCAGCUGGCUGACAUCAUAAGUUACCUAACGGCUGCCAGUUUCUUGCAGAUGCAGCACAUCAUAGACAAAUGCACGCAGAUUCUUGAGGGAAUUCACUUCAAAAUUAACGUGGCAGAGGUGGAAGCCGAACUGAGCCAGACCAGGACAAAGCAUCAGGAGAGACCUCCAGAGUCUCACCGGGUGACGCCAAACCUGAACCGUUCUCUGAGCCCCCGUCACAACACCCCGAAAGGGAGUCGCCUGGGCCAGGUGAGCACCGUGCUGGACAUCCGGGAGCUCAGCCCUCCAGAGGAGUCCACCAGCCCCCAGAUCAUUGAGCAGAGCUCAGACGUGGAAAGCAGGGAGCCCAUACUGCGGAUUAACAGAGCAGGACAGUGGUAUGUUGAGACAGGCGUGGGAGACCGCGGGGGACGGAACGACGACGACGUCCGGGUUCUGGGAGGAGUGCGCAUUAAAACGGAGAACCUGGAGGAGUGGCUGGCGGCCGAGAAUCAGCCGUCGGGAGAAGAUGGGAGCAGUGCCGAGGAGGUCACUGCUAUGGUGAUUGACACCACGGGCCACGGACCAAUGGGCCAAGAGACUUACACGUUAGGGUCCUCAGGGGCCAAAGUGGUCAGGCCAACCAGCAGUGAGAUUGACAGAUUUAGCCCUUCUGGCAGCAUGGUUGCUGUGGCUGAGCGGUACAGAUCGAAAAGCGAGUCUCCCGGGCGGAUGGAUGAGCCCAAGCAGCCCAGUUCCCAGGGGGAGGAAUCGGCCAUGAUCGGAGUGAGCGGCUACGUGGAAUAUCUCCGGGAACAGGAGGUUUCGGAGCGUUGGUUCCGCUACAACCCGCGGCUCACUUGUAUUUACUGCGCCAAAUCCUUCAACCAGAAGGGCAGCCUGGACCGGCACAUGCGCCUGCACAUGGGCAUCACGCCUUUUGUCUGCCGCAUGUGUGGGAAGAAGUACACCCGCAAGGAUCAGCUGGAGUAUCACAUCCGCAAGCACACGGGCAACAAGCCUUUCCACUGCCACGUCUGCGGCAAAAGCUUCCCUUUCCAGGCCAUCCUCAACCAGCACUUUCGCAAGAACCACCCUGGCUGUAUGCCUCUGGAGGGGCCCCACAGCAUCUCCCCCGAGACCACCGUCACGUCUCGGGGGCAGGCGGAGGAAGAAUCUCCGCCGCAGGAGGAAGCUGUUGCCGUGGGGGAGACGGCACAGGGAUCUGUGUCCACCACUGGGCCAGAUUGAAAUACGGCCGGAGAGUCUGGGGAGAAAGGACCGUCUUCCCAUUUUGGCUCUAAAGAGUCAGCACCAACCUGGCAGGCUGGUACUGUAAUUAGUGCAAUGCCACCACUGGACAGAAAGAAGCUCCCAAGAUGUUGCCAAAAUAGAAAAACCUUUUCUCUCUCUUUCUCUCUCUCUCUCACACACACCCGCACACACCCGCGCACACACACACACACACACACACACACACACAUAGUGUUAAAAGUUUUUCUCCCUUACUCCUCAUCCUCUUGGGGAAAAACAAAGCAACUGUGUCAAUCAACUUCUGAUUCAGGGAUCGACAGGAUUUUAAAUUUUUUUAAUAUUUGGUAGUGAUCCGGGACAAGCAGUCAUUUUUAUUUCUCAGCAGCGUUUUGGCCCAGCAGCUGGGUCCCACUGGGGGUGGUGGCUCUUAGCCACGCCGAUCCAGUGGGCCUCGUGUGCAGGGCUGUCCUCGCCCUAUCUGCUGGUCCGUCUCAAGGGGAGAGCAGGGGCAAGAUGCAGUUGCCUUUCACCUUUUCCCAGGUAGUUGCCACGUUAAAGAAAAACAGAGACUGUCCUGGUGGAACCUGCCUUGCCUGAGUGUAUUUAUCCCUGUCUUUUUUUUCUUUUUUUCCUCAGUGUGUCUCUUUCUACAUUUUUACUUAAACCAUUAUUUUAGGGCUUUUGGCUUGCCCUUUCCGGGCGCGUGGCCUCAUGCCCCUUGUUAAAAGUGGGCACGGCUAUAAAGCAGUAUUCUAGAGUUCAGCAAAAUUUGAAGCGCUUAGGCUACUGAAAGUGAAAUGUAGCAGCUGUGAGGUUCGUGUUAGACUCUAAUGUGUUGGGGGAAGGGUUUUGCGGAGGCGGGAUGUCCUUUGUUGCUGCUGAUCGGGGUAGCACAGAGCAUUCUGGCUUCCCGACCGGUGCACUGCCAUGCUUCAAACGUUGCCAAGCGUUAGGAAGAGGUUUCCGGACUGGCUGAAUCGAUGAGUUAGAGGCUGGCUACCAAAGUCGUCCUUCCCCCCGCUCCCACCUCUACGCGCACUUAUCUUUUGUAACAGCAAUAUGGUAUACUGAAAUACUAUAAUCCCAGCGAAGCAAUCAUGGGUGGUUGCUUUUAACCGUGUUUCUACAAACUAGUUUGAUAACUUUUUUAUCAAUGAAGUGCAAAAAGAAAAGAAAACCCUACUUUAUUUCCUCAUAAUGGUUCAGGAAGCUUGAAGUUAAUGGUUCCUAGAGCAAUCACAACUCUUCCCUUGCAUGGACUUAAACUUUUAUAUUCUAAGCCGCUCUGAAGUUUAGAGCAAGUUUAGCAAACCCAGAGAGAUGCCUGCGUUGUGUAUUGUGGGUGUUUGCACGUGCUUACGUGUUUCAUAACCGGAAACGCAUGGGACAGGUAGAUAAGUGCAAAUAUCUUGACAUCUUUUGAAGAAGUCUUUUUAAAAAUAUGCAAUAUUUUAAGAGUUUUCUUUGUUUCUGAUGCUGGGCCGUUUGUAACGGAGGGGGGAAACGAGCCACAGGUUGUGCAGGUUGGAACUGGGAGAGGACGUCUGGUUGAAGGAACUCUCUUGAGGCCGUGUAACGCGUGUGAUAAGGGAGGAUGAAGUACUGGUCCUUCAGCUGGUGGGAGGAACAGCGAGACGUUAACGAAGUGCGUCUCGUCUUGCUUUGGCAAAGAAAGCUGGGCGAGUGGUCGGAGCGGGGGCUUGGCGGACAGUCGACUAACUAAGUGAAACUGAAGCUUGUCCUGCUGCCCGGCUGCACAAUUUGGGGCACAGGGAAAUUCGCGUAACCCCACCUGCAAAUUGGGAAUGAUGAUCGUUUUCCUACCCCUUUAGAUGGAAGGAGUCAGAGAAGGGCGAAGUAUUCUUACCUUGCCGCUGUUUUGUGCGAGCAGGGGGUCUCGCUGCUCCUCCCACCUCUCUCUCAAAAAGCAGACGUGGCUCCAGCAUCCGUUUGCGCGGGGAAGGGAAGGGAGGGCUCGGCGCCAGGGUCGGGCGCAGCGGGGCCGUGCUCCUCCGAGAGGAGCCUUUGCGGGUGUCCGAGCGGGAUCCCCGCAAAGUACGAUUUUGUUGACUGUUUCAGCCGGGGAAAACUGCUAUUUCACCUUCAUUUUCCUUCUGUCCCUUUCUCCUCUCCCGUCAAGCGCAUCGUCGCACAGCGAGCGAUGUUGUGAGCGGCCACCCGAGGGACCAGCCACGUUCAGUUCCCUGUCGAAGGUCAAACAGAAUUGUACUGAAACAGUCAGGUUGCCAGAGCGCAGUCGCGGAAGAUGGGAGAUAAGAGGGUGGCUAAGGUAGGUUUCCUUGCAAUCGAGGUGUGGGGAGGAAUGGAGGUCUGCAGAGUAUGCUGCUUUAGUCAUAGCUUUUGAAGUUACCAAAAAUCAAAAAGGAAAAAAGUUAAAAACUUUGAAAUCCUAUCCUGUUCACACUAGAGAGCAUCAAAAGUUACUUUAGUUACUUAAAAGAUUUUUAAGUGUUUUAAAAUAGAACUUUUAAAAGAAUACUACCAAACUAUAAAAACAUAAAAUUAUUUAUAUACAUAUAUUAUAUAUAAAUAUAGUGGGAAAGUUUCCCUGCUAAGCUUGCUGUGAAGAGAGGGGUGAAGGUGCAGUAACUGCUAUACAAGCAAAAUAUUUCCGAAACAGAUGGCAACCGAUCCAUCAAGGCUUAGUGAUGAAGGGCUGACAUAAAAUGGUGAAUGCCUUAUUUGUAUGGCAUAGCUGUGAGUUUCUUGAAGAGGUUUUUGUUUUUGUUUUACUGUAUUGAUACUGUGAACGGAGGAGCAUCCUAGCAGUCCGGGAUGAGAUCAGCGCAUCCUUCCUUGCUGAUUCACUGCUUCUAAUUGGCCUGGUGAAAACCAUGAAAUUGUUCCUUCAUAUUGUUCUAGGCUAGUCUGAAAACAAAAAAGCUUGUGAAAGGUUUUCAUUUUUUCUCUGUUUUUUUGGUGCGGAGGUUGCCACUGUAUAAACGAUCAUUUCUGAUUGCAUGCAAAAGAGCCAAUAUUCUUGCCCAGGCCUCACUGAGGUGAAGUUUAUAGCUUGUAGCUAGAGUCAGUAUAAGGUAUGGUAGUGGGAAUCAUUUUAAUAUUAUUUCUGUACAUUUAAUGGAUGUGUAUGUGUAUGUAUGUAUGUGUGGAAAUCAUGGCGUCUCUAACAUUUUCUUGAACAGUGCCGAAAACAGUUUAGGCUCAUCUGCGCUAGGAGGUGGAACCAGUGCGGAAGGAAUCGUUGAUCAAACGUUUCUUUCAGUGAUGGACUUUCUUAGUGCAGAGAAGGCCAAGGGGGGAGAAUAGGGGGCUGGGGGGUGUCUACGGUAUGGAAAAAAUCCAUAGUGGUUUUCCAGCAUUGGCAUAGCUACUUGGAGCUGCUUUUCCUAACAGACUGAUGACACCUUUGGUUGCGUCUGCUUUGGCAAACGGUAUCGUUCUUUGCAGCUGCACCGAAGCUGUGGAGAAGCAGGCGCCAGCUUUCCGAGUACGGACGCUCUGUGAUGGGUUGAGGCACGGCUUUGCGUUUCCCCAUCUAACUGCAGCUUUUCCCCCUUUGCCAAAACUGUGAUUUCAACUGUGAUUAAAGGAGGGUGUGAAGAGAACUCCGUCAUAUUUUAAUACCUCUCUACUUAACACUUCUGCCAGCUUCAGAGUUAGGGCUUACUAACCAAUUUGUUUGCUUGCCUCAGGCAAGAGGGGAAGCAUAAUCUAUUUCUGCAGCUUCCUUUAGUGGAAGGGAAACGCGUUUCUUCGUUCUUUGCUGUCGCAAAGAGACCUUCCAGAUGUGAAGUGCUGCGGUUAUCUCCUCGAGCCUGCAGAAAGCCCCGGUGGGGAAGGGAACGUCGCCCUGCUGCUGCCCGGUUCCCUGUGAAUAGCUGUGAAAAUAGCAAGAACCAUGUUCGUACUGUGCUGCUGCUUCGGGGAAGGGCUAGCUCUCCUCCUCAUGGGAGGACGGCUGGUGUGAAGCUGGGGGAGGGAAAAAGCAGAAAGUCCUUCUGCUCUCUUGUAAGGGGAGCAUGGGAAAGCAAAAACUGCUUCUCAUUUCCAGCAGCUAGAUAGGAAAGGAUGAACGAGGAGGGUUUGUGAAACGUGCGCCCGUAACAGGAGGCUGAGACCACACUUAGAGCCGCCCAGUAAGAUCUGGGGUUAUCAGCCUGGUAAGGAGCAGAGCAGCCAGCACAGGUGAGCAAUCCUGUCUCACUUUUGUACCAUCCUCCUGCCGCUUCCCGUGGCUGAAUUCCCUUGUGGGGCUUCUUACCAGUCACUGCCCUGGAAGUUCCUUGCUGGGCACCCCUUGCUUGUCCCUCCUAGCAUCAGGUUCGGUCCUUUGACUUAACCCAGAUUUUUGCUAACAUAUUUUCAAGCUGUGAUCUGUAUAAUUUAACUUUCAGAAGCUUGGGUGGCUGAACGGCAGGAGAAAUAGAAAGCGUUUCGUGUCUCUGUUGCUGUUUGAAAUCUCGCCGAGGUUGGUAGUGGCUGACUCGGUUGCCAGCUGACAGCUCUUCAGAGCUGGCAUUGCGUUUGGAACAAGCCGCAGUCUUGUUGAAAAGCGUAGCGGAGACGGGCGUGACUGCGAAGGCACAGCGCCAGGAUUUCAGCCCUCUUCGACAUCAAGGGGGAAAUGGAUGACAAGACAGAUCUCACUGCUUGUCCUGCUCUUGUUCUGUGACAACCAGGUGACUUUGUUUUCCAAGGCAGUCAGUCCCACGCCUCAACACAGGACUAAUUUCACUUAAAAAUUUGAUGCCCAGUUCUGUGAAUAAUUCAGCAGUCUGAUUCUUGAGCAGAGUCCUUCUGCCUUUGGGUGAUUCAACCCUAACCAUCCUCUGGGAAGAGCAGAGUUGUAGCGCUUACUUGCUGCUGACUUCGUCUUUCCUGCAGAAGCUAAUGUAUAAAAAAGGCAACUGAGAAGAUGCAGAUUAUUUGAGUGGAAUGUAGCUUGCAAGAUAGACUGAGUCAUGCAUUUAACACCGACAAAAUUUAGCACCCCUUAAACCUAUUAUUUAAACUUUUUAAAAAUCGGCUGUUUGAUGCGUGACGUGCCUGCUAAUUUAACUGUACAGUUUAAGCAUCCAAGUGAUUCUUCAGAUCAGUGACGCCAAAUGCUUUUUCUGCUCUGCUGGAAACGUUUUGGGGGUUGGAGAAGUCAAGGAGCUGUGAUUCACGGCACUUCUGAUCCUGUCAAGGUUUGGGCUCCGAGUUUCCCCUGGAAGGGUGACCUAGGAGCCCAGAACUGGGCUUUGAAGUCGGGACACCUGGAUCCUUUCAGCGGAGCUGCUGCUGCUUGCCAGCGAGCUGGUCUGCCGGUCUGUGAAACAGUGAUAACAGUGCUCCGAGGCGUGUAUUCCUCAUAGCGUGAGGUCGGAUCCGUGCACAGGGAUUUGACAUCUUCAGUGGAAGGUCCUACAGAUGAGCUAAGAAUCUUUAUUUUAAUCAUUGGCAUUCAAAAAGUAAUUUAAUAUACAAAACAUACGUACAUAUAUAUAUGUAUGUAUACUGAGAGAGAAAAAGAGAUAUAUAUAUAUACACACAUAUAUAUAUAUUUGUAACCAAAUAAAAGCUAGAACUAUGCAAACGCCACUGGCUGCUCUUUGGAAGCAAUGCCUGCUAGAGCAUUUUGGAAUACUUUGGAGUAGAUUUGCAGCUUUUUAGGAUUAAAAAAAAAAAAAGUGCAGCAGGCCAGAGUUUUACUGCAGUUAGUCUAACUAGAAACCCAGAUUAUUCCUAAUCUGGAACUCACUCAUAGUAAGUAGGUUAUAAAAUUACCUGCAGAGUCCUACUAUCUCUAAAAUAUUUCCAGCUGCCUUGGUAUUAUUGCUGAAAAGUUUUCUUUUGAGAAGCAUAGGAAAAUACAGAGGCUGGGACUAGGAGAGGUUGGACUGUGAUGUUUGGGACGCUAGCUGAAGGAGAAGUAGAAUCAAUAGUUUAGGUGUUUGAAGAGGAAGUUGACUGGGAGCAUGGUGUUUUUGGACUGGGGAUUGAGUUGGCUUCAAGGAAUCUUCCUGCUUGUGAAAGUCCCUGUCGCUGAGACAGAGGCUGAGAUGGAAGCGUCACUGGGCUGAAUACUGGUCCCAGUGGACUUACUGGGAAUCUUCCCGCUGAAUCUGAUGGUACUAGAGCUUAGCGUGCUGGGAGAAGUUUGGUGUGGUUUCUACCAUUUCUUUGUGUUGGAUCUGAUGUUUUCUUUUAGAUCUAACUAAAAUAUAUCCAGCUGUAAUCUGCAGUUAUCUGUUUGACUUUUUAUUCCUGGGGACUGUAGAAAAUUCAGGUUUCCUAUAAUGUUAUCCUCAUCCCAACUGUGAACAAGUUACUACUGCUUCUUAUAAUUUAUUGUCUUUCUGUUCCUAAAAGUCUGUGUGAUCCAGCUGUUUACCAGUGCCACCUUCCAGUGCUUCAUUAGCUUUUAUGCACAGGGAAUUGUUGCAAUGGAUAUGUUUAACCUGCUAGUUGGAAGAGUAGAAGCCUUUGGGGAAUGACUUUUGCUUCCUCUAGCUGUCAUUAGGGAGUGCACACACACAUACCUGUAUAUACAUAUAUAUGUAUACAUAUAUAAAGUCUUUCAAUAUAAACUCAUUUAGCAUUAUUAUUAUUUAAUUUAUAUUUUAAUCCAGUUGUAAACCAAAGUAUUACAGCUUGAGAAAUGUUGCGUCUUGGAAAUAGGAGGAACCUUUUUAGACGGGAGUUCUGAAAGAUCUUAGUUGACAAAAAUAUAGAUACAAAUAAGACCUAAGCACUUGUGCUGGUGAAUCUUAGAGAUUUGCAACCUUGGAAGGAUUUAAGACUUGGUGGGUAAAGUUUGAUUGUGGGGGAACAGUGUGGGUUACCAUUUUAAAACACUGUUUUUAAUUUUUCUCAUCCAGUAUAACUUGGUAUUGCAGAAAUUGCUACCAAGAGCAGUACAGCCAGGCAUCUGAUAGAGACGAGGUGCCUCACCUGGGACUGCUGCAGAGGUGGGUAAAGCUAACAGGGUGGUGCUAGGUAGAGCUGUUUGCUUCUGUUGUCAUCUGUACUACCUUUAUCCACAGCUCUUCGUUCUGGUGCUGCGUUGUCGUAUGCUACGUUCGGCUCUGGGCGUAUCCGUAGUGGCUUGUCGAGUGCCCCUGCAGGGACCUGGCUGGGUGAUGGCUUGAAGGAGUACUUUAAAAGUGCGUCUUAGCAGCGUCUUUGCUGCUUGACUUUCCGCAGAGAGUCGCUUCGGGUUCUCUGCCGCUUCCCUCUUAGCUUGCUCUGCUUUUACCUGUGGUAUCUAGUCCGGGUUGGAGCUGAGAGGUCUUUGUUGAGUAGAGCUGCCACUGGACCAGGUACUGCUGGGCUUUGGCUGGUCUGCGCUAUCAGAGCGAUUAAAGCAAUCUGCAAAGGAGUUUUCAGGGCCUUCUCUAGCCUUUUAAAUGUCUUUGAGGUAUAUAAAAAUGAUCUUUGUUAUAUGAAGUAGAGGCUUGAGAAUUGCAACAUGCUUCAUGGUACUUAACUAAGAAAACAAGUCUGUUCUGACAAACCUUCUGAAAAUAAAAAGGGAGAACACAGCAAAUCAGAUUGUAGUCUGGCAGACCUGGGACCUAGAGAGAGGAGGCCACAAGAACUGUCGCUAAUAUAUUUAGUGUCUAAUUUAGACUUUUAGGAGACAGCCCUUUGCUAUUUAUUGAUUCCUACAGGUGUAUUUUUUUAAUUUUAGCAACCUAUAUAGAGGUGCAUGUUCUGCUGUUGCAGCUGGAAAGAGGAAACAGACUCAAAGAUAAAAUCUCGCUGAUUUUUCUGUCCAGGAGAGUAAGUUGUCUUUCCAAGGAAUUAACAAAUGCUAUGAACAAAUUCACCUCAGCCCAUCUCCUGCAGGCUUGGCAGCAGCUGUGCUUCUUGCUCUUCUGCUCAGCCCACACUCCAGAGGCUCUUUUUAUAGAAAGCCUCCUUGUGUCCCUGAUAUUCAGCAGAGUGAGCAUCCACCUACCUCUGCUGAUCAAAUAGGUUCGUUUAAUGCUCUCCAGCAGCAGUGCUAUGUGCUGUACGGGUGUAAAGGAAAGUCAUCCCUUCCCAAAGGAUCAUCCAUCGCAGCCUUAGUGAAACUGGGGUUUGGUGAGGAAAGGAAUUCCUCUUGAUGGAGACCUUGCCUGCUAACUAGUUGGGCAGAAAAGAGUUAAAUGGCUGAGAAAGUAGUGUGUAUGUGCAAUUUCUUUAAUUUCUGUUCAAAUAUCUUUCAAUAAUACCUUUUUUUUAACAAAAAGGUAGCCCAUUUCAUGUAAAAUGGGCCAAAUUGAUUUUUUUUUAAGUAACCCUAGUUUCAGUAUGCUGUAUACAGUGACUGGUGUUUAGUGGGUUGGUGAAGAAACCCAAGCAAGAAGCUUUGGGUGACGGGUUCGUAAUGCAUGGUUAUGGCUAUCUUUCCUUACGAUCGUUUUGAUGGCUUUGGAGUGCUGACCAAAAAUGCUUCUUUUUGUUUUAAAGCUUUAAUUAUUUUCAUAAAAACGCUGAAAAAAUCUUAGAUUCCCCCCUGCCACACGCACACACGCUAGAGCACCCGUGGAAGGUAGCUCCGAAGAGCCAGCUUGUUUUCAAGACUUACAUUUGCUCUUCAGGCAUCUGCAUCGCUCUUUCUGGAGUCGGUUUGGCGUGAGGACUUCGAAGGCUGCCAGGGUGACCGGGGAAGGAGGUCUAAUGCUGCUGUAGCUGCAGGUGCGGUGGAGCUGCGUCAGGAUGCAGAUGCCGGCGUGCCGUCAGCGUUGAGGCUGCGCGUAGGGAGCCUGCAGGGGACCCUUGCUAGGGGAAUCGUGUGUCUUCAGAACCAGAAAGUAUUCGUACUUGUCAAAGGCUUUUGCAAAUGAGGAACACGAUCGGCUUUUGGCAGGGUGGUGGAGUAGGCCUGGAGAUGUUGGCCGUUAACACGUAUUCAGAUAGUUGUUUUUGCAGGGCGAGAGGGGCCGCUUCAGAAAUCUGGGCAAGGAGUAACGCUAGCGCUCGGACAUCCUGUUGAACCCUCUGCUCUCGUUUCAGGUUUCCACCGAGAGCAGCAGCAGGUGCGGCCGGGGUGGCGGGGCAGCCGUGCCGUGUCGGGCUGCGCGGCUAGGCGCGCCGUGUGUUGCCGCAGGUCGCGCGGGGUGGGGGAGACGUAGCCCCGCUCCAGGGACGCCCCGGUAAGUGGCGGCCUGUUGAGGUCACUAGGACGGGGACGUGUUCCCAGGAAGGACUCUAGCCGUGCCAGGCGGGCUGGCUUCUGUAUGCCCCGUUGUCAGCUCAGUUACCCGUUUCACGUGUCCUCUCCGUUUGCCUUCUCGUGGUGCCCUGCGUAUGUCGUUGUCCCGCCCGAGAGCCCCUGUGAGCGACGAUGUCCUGGAGGCGCGCUUUCCGCGUGGGGCCGCUUGUCUCCGUGAAGAAAGGGCUGGUGUCUGGCAGGCUCAGAGCUUGUUGGCGAGUAGCGUUGUGGGAAGAAGUUCUGCCCCGACGUCAAGGCUGCAGAAAACAGCCUGGGACGGGAGGGAGAGAGGGCUGUGGCAUUUGCCCCCCAGCCAGAGCCCAGAUCUUUUAACCUUGGGGACGGAGAGCUGGAGACCUAUCGCUUAGCGGCGAGGGGAGCUGAGGCGGGUGGCUUUCCUCUUUGUCGGAGGGAAGCUGUCGUGUCUGCUGGGAAAGGCCUCGCAGCGUGUGUUAACCCAGGCGCUGAAGCUGGGCCGAGGUGCUCGGAAGCGGCGGCCCGGGGUGCUGGCGGGGAGCAGGUGCCGCAGGCCGUGGACCAACCUGUAGUGCGGGCAAGGAGGGAGGGCGGGAAGCUGCGAACACCCGCGCUCUGCAGCCUCCUGGAAAUUCGGUCGCCGGCAGAGAUCCCUGUUCCCUGCCCUGAAGCGUUCGGCCUGGAGAGCGUCUGCGGGUUGCGCGCGCCGCGAGCUGCGGGUCCUGCCGGGGAGCCUUUGCCGAGCGCUGCAGGACACGAGCCAGUCGCUCGCAGCUGCGGGUUUGCUACGUGGAUUUCUGAAUCUCCCUGGGGAGAGCGUCAGGGUGGCAGAUGAAGGCUGGGGAUGGGUAGUGCUAGAUAGACUAGGAGGUGCCGGUUUUGAAUGUUACGUUUUCAAUCAUGUGUUGAAGCUUUCGAAGACUGAAGCUUGCUUUUCGUUUCAGUGCUGAUUCUCUCCUUUCUGUCAUUCCUCCCGUUCAAAAUCGAUGGCCGAGGGGAGGGUGCGGACAAGACGGAGCCAGACUCCUCUCGGAGGCGCCCGGGGGGUUGUUGGGUUGUCCAGAGAGGUCGCGAAAUCUCCGUCCUCGGAGAUGGGCAGAGCUUGCCUGGGCACGGCCCCGCGCCAACUGCCCGAAGCCAGCCAGCUCCGCGUGCCGCUGGUGCUCCGCCGGGAUAUAAAAUACUUGCCAGUCGCGUGGCUGUGCUGCAUUAAGCGGACAAGGGAUAGAGAGUCUUAUCCUACCAGCGGAUUUUCAGUUACCGUUUCUUUUUUUUUUUUAAUUUCUCGGUGGUUGAUCCGUGAGAUGGCAUCUUGCCUACCAAGGGCUGCGGAGAAGCCGAGCUGCUCCCCAGCCGCGAGUGCAGCUGCCAUCUCCUCGUUUCGGUUAGACUAAAGCAAGCUGUAUUUUUGUUAGAAUUUCUUAGAAGUAUCAUGUAAAAACGGGCAGCUUUAAUGGGCUUCCUAGUUCAUAUCAGUUAAGCUUUUGAAACAUAUUCAGGUAUCUUUUUAAUACUGCUGUGUAACUUCCUUGUUUAAUCUGACAUAUUCUCAUUUGAUAUAUUAGUUUUCUGCAUGUCUAAGGCAGUACUUUAAAAACAAAAAGUCAGAGCAUUAAUUUUUUUGCAGACUGUCAGUUAUGUUAAGCCUCCAGCUUUACGUAGUUUUUGUAAAUGUACUUAACCCUCUCCCCCUGGGAUCGCUGGUUAAAUGUCGUCAUUAUUGUUAUGUUGCAGUGAAGCUUAUUUAUUUAAACCUUCCUGUUAUGUUUGCAGUCGGACCCGAUACCAUUGGCUAUGGCCCGAGAAACUGUGAAACUAAUUAGCAACUCAAAAUGAAGCUAUAUUGGUUAGUUUUACUACUGGUUGUGAAAUGCAGAAAGUAGCAGCGUAAAAGGAGAAAGAUAGGAUUGAAAUUACUUAACGCAGGCAGCGGAGGGGCGGGGAGGACUCGGAAAGCACGGAUGAGAAACUUCUCGGGAGCGCGUUCGCACCCGACAACGUUGCUGCGCGGGUUCCCGUCCGCUCCCGUUCGACGGAUGCGCCCUGAGCCCAGCGGUUCGUGCGGGGCCCCUUCGUUUAUCGACGCGCCGAGGGCCUUGGUUGGACGUGGGAACCGGUGCGCCCGCGAUACUGUUUUCUUGGAGUUUACGUGUCUGGAGAAACUCUGUCGAUUACUGUGAAGCUUUUGUUUUCGUUGCGUGCAAGUCAGCGACGGAAGGCGAGCGCCGGCCCGGCAGGGCGAGGAGCGGCGGAAGGUGCCGCGGCGGCUGCCACCUGCGCCUCCCGCUAGCGAGACGGGGUGGCGGCGGCCUCCCUCCGAACCGCGGCUUUGGUUUCCCGCGGGAGGCGUGAGCGGGGCCCCGCGGCGUCCCCGUGGCCGUUCCCCGCGGCCUUCCCGGCCCGAGGGGGCUCCGGCUCCGCGGCGCCCGGGCCGAGGGCGGAUCGCGCCCCCGGUUUUCCUGUACGACACUGUGAAUAUGACACCAGUAGCGCUUUUUUUUUCCCUUUUUUUUAACGUUUCCAUUAAAAUCGCCGCGGAAGCGUCGCGUUGCCCGAGCGCCGCUCGGCCGGGGGCCGCGUGGUAGGAGACGUGCCGCCGCGAGCGUCGGCAGUGCGGGCGGCUCCGCGUAGCGCCUUGCCAACCGAAUUCGGUUUUGUAAGGAACUAAACUGACAAUCAAUUUCUAAAAUAUGAAAGCCUCUUAGAGGGAAUAGCGAAGUACGUCUUCGACAGAAAGGUUUAACUGGGAUGACUUUUUUAAUGAAGAGCACAGGAUUCUUCCUUUCUUUUCUGAGCACUUGUUGCAGGAAGCAGCAGAGGAUUCGCGGACAGUAACUACCUCUCUCUCUCGGAGUGCGGAGGUCGCCAUGCUACACACUCUCGCAGCAAAGCUUUCACUUAAAACAGGUUUGUUUUUCCUUACCUCGGUGUUGGAGAGACGCAGGUCUGCUCUGUAAAGCGACUCUAGGAAAAUGGCAUCGGGCGGGAGCGGGGGGGCCUUCCCCAGCCGCCAGCCCUCCGUGCUGCGACCCGUGGAGCUGGGCUCGGUCUCUCGCCUGUCCCCCUUGCUAGCGACCUGCCCCGCGGGCCCCGGGCCGCGGCGGGAGCUGCAAAACCAAGGGCUGAGCUUCCUGCCCUGGGAAUGUAGGUAGCGGCUUGGGAGGGCAGGAGGGGCCUCCAGCCCCCCCCGCCUGCAGGGGAGCAGGCAGCAGUGAAAAGCAAUAACAAAAAAAACACAAAAAAAUUUUGUAUGUCGGUCAUUAGUCAGCAGAUCUGACUCCGAGUACCUAUAUAUAUAUAUAUAUAUAUUUAUAUAAAUGCAUAAAUAUGUAUAUAUAUACACAUACAUCCAGGGAGCAGAUCUGUCUUGUGAAAAGGUGCCAUUUUUUUUUUUUGGUAAGCGGAGUCCCUUUCCAAACUAGAACAGCACUUUAAAUAGGUUCCUCUAAAAAAAAAAAAACAAAAAAAAAACAAAAAAAAAUCCCUUUACUGAAGAAAUGCACUUUAAAUCAUAAGAGGAGUGUGGCUGUCGCCGGCUCGGGAGGCAGCCGUGCCCGAGGGUGGCUUGUCGGGAGCCAGCGUCGAGGCGGGAGCGCUGGGGCCAGGCCUUCGGCGGCCGGGGGACACGGGCGGCUCUACCUCCGGCGGCGGUGGCCCUCCGCACCCCUCGGCCCCCUCUACACUACGCCCAGCAGCGUCCGCCUCGGCGCCGCGCGCGGCUCAGCCGCACUGUAGCACUACCGGGACUGGCGUGCGCUGACGUGCUGGGAUACUUGCGUAACUGGUCAAAAACCGCCCUUGCCUGUAACGACUAUUUCAACCCCGUUUAGACUCGGUCGGAAGUUACACCGAUUGCACCACAGCAGAUGCCCCCUUCGCGUGCACCAGGCUGAGCUAAGGCUGAAGGCGCAGAGCCACCACGCCGGCGUUACUGGGUUGUGGCUAUGGAGCCCUAGUCAGUUCAGUAUUUAAUAAAGUAAAAUAAAAUAAAAUAAAUCCAAGGUUUUCUCUGUCCCCUAUUGAUUGUGCUCUGGGCUGGCUUACAGAGUAACCCUACAUAACAAAAACUGUGCUGUCACCUUCUACUGUUGACUUACAAAUCAGACUUUUUAGGACGCAGGUCCUAACACUCAAGACUUAUUUUCACAGUUAAGAAAUUUCCUGCUGUACUAAUUACGUUUUCUCUCUCUUUUUUUUUUUAAUUUUAUUUUUGGUUGCAAUCCUUAUUUCCAAAAAAAAAAAGACAAAGUCAGUGUUCACACUUAGUCUGCAGUAGGUUGGAGUGUGAUCCUGCUGUGUGUAACUUGUGGAUAUCAGACUGUUCUUAAAUGAUUUUUUUUUUUUUACAAGCUGUUCCCAAGCUGGUCCUCUAGCAUCUCUUCCCUUUUCCUCUUCCAGUGAGCUGGCAGGUACAAGCUCAUAGGAAGGCUACGUUUUUUUGGGCUGGCUGCAUUCAGCGAUGGCCAGUGUUGCUGGAGGAGGACCAGGGAACGAUGGUGAGAGCAGCAGCAUUGGGGAAGGGGGGAGAAAAUGAAGGUAGAGGGGAUUGUACAAUUGCAUUUAAAGCAGUUUAGCAAAAAAAAGCGCUCUCGUUGGACAGCUUUAAGAACAAUGUGAAUGAAAACUUAGCAACUUGGUUAGGAAUCUUUGAAAAUUCUCUAAAUGUAUACUUGAAAUUCUGUUUGUAUUAAAAACAAAUCGCAUUUUCUUCUUUCUUUUAACACUGUGUAAAAGAACAUUAUGCAUGUGAGUGGUUUGAGAAUUAAAUGGUUUAAUACUCA